UGAAUAAAAAAUUAUUUAAAAGGACUUUAAAUGUGAUAGCGUGUCCCUAGACUCCAUUAACCUCCCCAUUCACAGCUGGAAUUUGAUUCUCCAAUAGUGUCACAAUUAAAAAGUAAAUGGAAUUUUAUUUGGACAAAUUAUCGUUGAUGUUCGAAAAAUUUAAAAUCAGUUUCGAAUUUUCAGACUAAAUUUUCGCAUAGGGUGGGAAAAAUUUUUGAAAUAUCACAUUCAAGGGAGGUACUUCGAAACUCGAAAAGGGAGUACUUCGGCCACUAUGUGGACCAAACCAGAAGUGAAAAUGUCUUGUAUAGGUGGAGUAUCUGACGGAUUAUAUUGGAUUCAAAUCUUCCAGUAUUCGUUAGGGCCAGCGUUUUCCUCAAUUAAACCUCAAAAAAUUUACUCCAAAGUUUUCGAACCUUGGUAUGGGUCUUCGACAAGAAGCAAUUUCUUCUUCACUGGUGAAAAUAAAAGGAUCAAAUUGAUCCUUUUGCAAAGGAUGGCUCAAACUUCAAACUCUGAAUGCAUAUUUAUCAUAAUAGAACAUGUUAAUUUGAUCCAUCCUUUGCAAAAGGAUCCUAUUUGAAUUAAUUUGAUCCUUUAAUUUUUUCCAGUGUAAUAUAGUCCUGUAGAAUUCCCUAAGUAAGGCAUUAUAGAACCAAAAAUCUUUUUAUUUGCUUAUAACGCUCUUGGUUCCAUCACUGAGAUUACAAUAAGUGGCGCACUUUUAAGGAUCCUAAGAGCUUCUAUAGGAAUUUCAACAGAAAAUUUUCACUUUAAGUCUUUUAAAAGUGCACUAAAAGACUUGUCUAAUAUGUAGUUUCAUAAGGCACCUGUUUUGCUUCUUGGGUCCUCAGUAGGUCAAUUCAGAAUUUUUUAAUCAACUAAAGAGGAAAAUGUCUUUGCUUGCGAAAUCGAUCUUCGAGUUCUUUCAACUUCAGCAGUGAAUGCAAGCAAAUAAAUAGGGGAAAGUGCUCUCCCUUCGAACAUUCAUGCCUUCGAAUAAUGCGAAUUUCUCUUGUUUUUCGUACGAGAUUUACACUAAAUUAUCACGGAAUUAUCAACAAUUGAUGAUAAGCCAACUAAUAUUUAAUAGAAAUGUGUAAGUCUCUUAAGAAAAUUAAAAGAAAAUUCACAUUAUUCGAAGGCAUGAACGUUCGAAGGGAGAGUACUUUCCCCUACUGUCUAAAUGGCUUGAGGAAACAGGAUUUUAUAUCAAUUUUUAGAAUUAUUUCAUUAGGUUUGAGAAAAUUCUCUAUUUGUCCUUUCCGUGGUAUUUUUUUCAGGGUCUUUUUUAAAGGUUUGCUAUCAUCGCUUAAUUGCACCUGAAAUUGCAGUAAAUUACAUUGAUUAAAAAGAUAAUUAAAAUCUGGCAUUGCUUUUAAGUAGCCAAAAAUUGUAUAAAUAAAUGGUUGUUAACAUGGUGAAAAUUCAUUUAAGCUUGUUCAUGACAUCCAAUUACAUUGUCACUAUUUCCGUUUUUAAUGUUCUAAAUGCAAUGAAUAUUGCAUGGGUCACAUUCCUGCAAAUUUCAAAAACUCAUGCAUGGGACACAAUAUUAUUUUUCGCUGAAUUUUCCAUAAAUAAAUCAUAAUUGUUCUGAUAACUCUCUGUUGUUAAGGGCUAUGUUUAGUGGUAAGGUGCGAUCCUACGGCUGAGUGAGAAGACGUCGAAUGUACACGGUGAAGACGCGGAAUGGUUGUGUGAGUGAUUUGGGGAAAAAUCGCCGGAAAAACCUAUAAAACUAAUGUAUGUGAAUGUAUUAGGUGUGCUUAGGAUACUUUGGGAGUCUGUUUGGGUGUGUGUGUGCUUGGCGCGGAGUACGCACUAUUUUUUAGUGCGCCGCACUCCUACUACUCGAUUGAAGUAGCAGAUGUCUCUUAUGCCGAAUAAAGAUUACUCCCGGCGAAAACUGGGGGUAGAAAAUGGUUCAACGUUGACGACGACGCGAGAUGAAGGGGUGGUUUAAUAUAAUAUUUCAGCCAGAGCGCACACUUUUAUUUCCUACGUGAGACUGUAGAUGUAAUCGGUGUUCUAGAGAGGGUCGGGUACUGCGAUUUGGUAUUUUUCAAAAAAAAAAAAAAAAAAGAAAAUAAAAGGGAUGUUGCGGGGUAGUAAAAAGUUUCUCGCUCUCUCUCUCUUUAAGUGGGUUCAAGUUAAAAAAGCCAAAAGCACCCCAUCAUUUCCAAAGGAGCGGGGGGUGAACGUUAGCCUGACUCUUGGAUAUGGAAUAGAAUAGGAGUAAUACUGGCGCACGGGGGAGCGCGCGUGUAGGCGGUGUUAGAAAAUUUUUGGGUAACUCUCUUGUGCGCUUUCGUUAUAAAAUUUCACAGCAGCAAUGUGUGUGCGGAAGUUUUCGGGAAGGGAAAAUGAAAAGUUAGAGAAGGGUGUGAGGGCCAGGGGGGGGGCGCGCUCUUUUUUGGGUGAGAAGGAAAAUGCCGUAGUUGAUGGUGGUUGUGCCGGGUUUGGUGAUGGUGGUAUGGCGACGACGACGGUGGUAAGCGGCGACGGCUGGUAACUGGAGGAGAGGAGUAUCGAAUCGGGCCCAAAAACUCUAAACGGGAAAAACAUACAAAAUACAUAACAACAUCAAAUUCUCCAGUCAGUAAAAGAUUUCCAACUUUACUAAACAGUCACACGGACGACAUCAACCUGGAACGGCGGAAGUUACACUUGGCACCGUUUCUACCAUAUUACUUCAUAAUAUUGGUACUACCUAUAAGGAAAUCAUCUAACUACAUAAUAGGCAAAAAAAAAUUCUUGUGACAUUUUUUCUGCAUAUAUAAACCAAUUUUUUUCUGUUGACUUGGAGAGACAUUCUGUGACUGUUGGAAUAUCUUUUUGGGACAUUACUUUGAAAUUUUGAAAUAAGCGUUUGAUUUUGGGAAAUAUUUAAAUCAGUGCCAAAUUUGAAUUUUCAAAAUGACCGUUGGGUAUUUUUGACCAUAGGCUCGAGAGAAAUUUCUCAGAGAGGACACUUUUCGAUUAACAAUCGUGCUACAUAAAAAACCUUUGUGACUCCUUCAAAAUUCAGCAAAUCCUACAAGGUGCAAUAGUUAUCCUUUCCUUCCUGAUCCCUAACCUAAACCCCAAGGACUAAACCCGAAUUUUUCCUCAAGUGUACUGAUACUAACUGUUGGAGAAAAGUAAGAGAUUCUCAGUGUGUGAAGUAAAAACCAAAGACAGGAAAGUGAUAAAAACGAGAAGAUAAUAUAUUUUGAAAAAAAAAAAUCGCUGAUUUUCCCAACUACCAAUUCGCCAAGUCUCUCACCCAUCUGCAUUGUGGAGUGGAGACACCGCCAGUCGAAUGGUCUCUGAUGAUGUGUGCUGAAAUUCGGUUGUGCAAAUACAUUCGCAGAAAAAAUACAAGAAAGUAGACGAGAUAUUUGUGCGUAUAUUGGUGAGGAGAAUUCUUAUGUUUGUAUGUGGACUGUGGAUUUUUUCCAUCCUUCGGAAUCAUGCCCAAGUUUUUUUAGUUAGGCCCCGAUGCUCACUAGAGAUAGAACUUUUAUUUUUCCCCAAUAAUACAUCACAUAUUUAAUACAAUAUCAACUUCAAAUUACUUUUCUUUAAACGCCAAAGCAAGACACAGGGAAUUUUUUGGAAGCUCGGGUGUUGUCUAGUGUGGUUUUCCAAUCUCGUCUCCUCUAUCCAUACUUCUAUAUAACAAAAAAAAAAUAAAGAAACUCUUCUCUCAAGUCACCUAAUAAAAAUUUAUAAAAAAAAAACCUAAAAUAAAAUAAAACCUCAACCUCUUUCUAUAAAAUGAUACAAUUACAAAAAAAAAAUUAUCAAAGAUAUCGUAACUAGUUGCCAAAUUUAACUAAAUAAAACAAAAAAAACCGAAAACCCUUAAAAAAAAAACCAAGUGAAAUUGUGAUUAAAGUGAAAGUGAAAGAGAAAAAGAAAUCCUCACUAAGUAAGAAAUUAGUAAAUAAAUUUUAUGUUCAAGUGAUAAUGAAGAAAUAUUUGCCCAAGAAUUAAAAGUAAAUGACAAGAGAGAGAGAAAGACAUUUUCACGUGAGUCAAUUUUGCUAAAGAAUUUCACUGAAAAAAAUUUUUGCGCAAGAAUUUCCACCAAAACAUUCGAAUGCAUCAUUCGUUUGGAGAAUGAAUAAAUGUUGCCAUUUGAAUAUUGUGGCUGAAAUAAAUCCACCAAAUAUCAGUAAUAUGAAAACGACUGUUUCUAUGAGUGAUCAGCUUUUGCUGCUAAUAAUACGCUCAAAUACAAACACGAAUUUAAAUCUUGAACUUCUGAAGUGAGAAAAUAGUGUUAUGAUAUCACGCCGUGGUUCUCAGACCUCUCACAAGUUAAACUGAUUGAAGGAUAACACAAAAAGAAAACUUCAGAAACUACCAGGCAUAUUAGUCUGCAACUAAUUUUCACAGUGAACAAAAAAAAAAGGAGACAACGCCAGCAAAAUGGUUGAUACGCAGCAUUUCUGUCUCCGGUGGAAUAACUAUCAAAGCAGCAUAACAUCAGCAUUUGAGAAUCUGAGAGAUGAUGAGGACUUUGUAGAUGUAACACUGGCCUGUGAUGGACGCAGCUUAAAAGCCCAUCGGGUGGUCCUCUCUGCGUGCAGUCCCUACUUCAGAGAAUUGCUCAAGAGUACCCCGUGCAAGCAUCCAGUGAUUGUGCUGCAGGACGUCGCAUUCACGGAUCUGCACGCUUUGGUGGAAUUUAUCUACCAUGGGGAAGUCAAUGUGCACCAGCGUUCUCUCAGCUCAUUUUUGAAGACAGCUGAGGUACUGAGGGUGUCCGGAUUGACACAGAAACAGGCCGAAGAGACACAUAGCUUAGCACAAGUACAGAAUCUUACGAGUUCAGGUGGACGAACACCUGUAAAUCAUCAUCAGAGCUUCACAGACAAAUUGGUAGAGGACGCCUUGUUCCCACCAGGUGCAUCACCACCACCACAUUUCAACAAUUUGCACACGCCAACUGCUCAUUCGGGUACGACGGUGAAUCAGCUGCUCCGUCGAGCUGCGGCCGUUGCAUUGCGUCGCGAGAGGAACAAUUCAAAUCAAUCAGAUGACUUCUCACAGAAGCGACAUCGCAUCGAUAAUGGCAUAUUGGGCAACAACAACAGUCCCGAUGUUAUCAAUCACAUGCCACAAAUCACAGCCACCGAUUUUUCCACCAUCAAGCACAACAACAACAAUACGCCACCGCUUAAAGAAAAUGAUCGCAAUGAUAAUGGUUCCAACAAUCAAUCGGGCAACUCACUCAAUAACACCGGCAAUGGUCUGGGUUCAACAGGUGACAAAGACAGUCUCACCCCAUCACCUCCCACAACCCGUGCUCACAGUGAUGAUGUUAAGGCAGAACCCAUGGAGCUCGUAUGUGGCAACAACAAUACCGGCAACGAUGAUCAAAGCAACGAUUCUGUGCCAGAAAAUGACAUUAAUCAUUCGGGAAAUGUGUCCGAGACCAAAGGACAUAUAAGCUCACCGAAUGAGGAUGAUCUUGAAAAUAGUAUACAUUCUCACACAGCACCACCUUUUCUCAUGUCAGACAGCAAAUUAUUCACCACGCCAGGAUCAUUCAACUUCCCCAUUUCAGCAUUAACUGAUCCUGCUGCUCUUGCAGGUUUUAAUUCUCAAGCUUUACACACAGCCGUCGACUUGGGAGGAUCGCCUCAAGGUCAUCUGACGACGUCCACACCACAAUUAUCUGCUGCGGCCCUUACCUUGAUGUCAUCGUCCGCAUCCACGUCGUCAUCAGUUCACAAUCCCGCCAGUAGUGUGAAUGUGGGUGGCAGUGGGAGCGCCAGUGGAUCAGGCGAAGACUUCCGUUGUGACCCUUGCAAUAAGAAUCUCUCGUCGCUAACACGCUUGAAGCGUCACAUCCAAAACGUCCAUAUGCGACCGACUAAGGAACCUGUCUGUAACAUUUGCAAGCGUGUCUACAGCUCACUUAAUAGUUUGCGCAAUCACAAAAGUAUUUACCAUCGCAAUAUGAAGCCCCCACGGGAGGAUACCACAACUAGUACUAGUACAGCCCCAACUUCAACUGCCAGUAGUGCUAGUUGUAGCAAUCCCAGUCGUCUCUUUUAUCCCAUUAACCAUCGAUCGAUAUAGAAGAUCCCUACCUGUAAAUUCGGAUAACCUAUCCCUAAAAACCUAACGCCACAAGUUAGACCACUCUGAGCUGCACUGUAAAAACAAAACAAAACAAAAAAAAUCAAAACAUCGCAGAAUUUCGUAGUAAAUCUCUCUCUCUAGAGGAGCCAAAAUCUCAACAUGUGAAAGAAAUCGGGGACAAAUGCCAGAUAUUACAAUGAUCAUAGUUAUAUAGGAAAUGUUACAUUACCAGGUUAAUAUGUUAAGUCUUCAUCCAAUACACAAAAUAAUCCAAGACACCGAGAAAAUUAUCAUGGACACAAACUUUAACAUAUGAUUUAUUGCAAUUUUUUACAAUAACCUCUUCACAACUGCCUUUCCCUAUGUGUAAAGCCAAUUCAUUGUAAUUUUCUCAGUGUUCUAAUUAAGUACUACUAAUCCUAAAAUCUAAUUUAAUAUUAGUUACUUUCCCUUUUGAACAUAUAAAUCUAGAUAUAUACAAAAAAAAAGUAAUAUAAAUUUGUUUGUUUUUUUUUUUUAAAUAAUAUUUUUGCUGUAUGUAAUAUUUGUAAUAUUUUUUUGUUAGUAGAAAAAAAAAGAGAUGAAUCGUAUUUUUAAGGCUCAGACAAUAUUGUUCAUAUAUUACCAUUGAUGAUAAAUUAUUAUAGUUUGUAAGUGAAAGUAAACUAAUGGACGAUGAGUACACAAUAAAUCCGACACGGUUCGUUAAAUGCAACCAAUUGGCAUAUUUUUUUUUAUCUUUAAGUUUGCCAUAAUGCCUAAUUUGACAGAUUGCUGUCAAACGUCAAAACAUUGCUACCAACUGCCAUCUCAAGAAAUGCAAAAACAAAAAAAAUUCUUGAGAUGGAUAUGUUUUGACAUUGUAGCAAAAUGCAACGGGGAAGCCACGCAUUGGGAACAAAAUUAAAGAUUGAGACAUUAGUGACACUGUGAUUUCAAAAAUGACAAAAAAAGAAUACCUAAUUUUAUUAAUUUGGUAAAAAAAAAAUACAAAAUGAAAAUCAGGCCAUAGAAUACCUUUUUUUAAAUAUUUUGUUUUGUUGAUUUUUUUUUAAUUUUUGCAAAUCCCCCAGGCGGAAUUUUAAUUUGUUUAUUUGCUCAAAAAUUGGAUUUUACAAAUUUUUUAAAAGAAAAAAAAUCAUUUUUCAUAAUACACAAAAUGCAAAAAUUUCAUGUUGCAAUUGAAAAAUUGAUGACAUGAAAUAGUUUUUGUUGUCCACCCAAUUGGUUCCAAUUGGUGAACCCGUUGGAUUUGUAAAGUACAAUUGUUGUAAAAAAAAAAUUAAAUGAUAAACAAAUUAUAAUAGCAUUACAUUUUUGAAAGAAAAACAUGGAGAUCAACCUGGGGAUGAUCGAACAGUAAUUAAUGUAAAAGUUUGACAUUGAAAAAAAUAAGAAGAAAACUAGUAUUUUUCAAAGUGUGUGUGUUUAACUGAUCACAUAACUAAAUCGUCCUGCUUUGACCUUUUAUUUUUCUAUUUUUUUUUUUAAUUUUCAUAAUAUAAAAAUUAAAAGACAAAUUAAAACAAAAUCCUUGUCGAAAUUUGUUUUUUUUUUCAUUAUUUUGUUAAUUAUUCGAAAUUUCGAACAUAGUUUUUGUUUUACACAUUGUUUUAUAUAUUUUUUUUUUUUCAAAAUUAGAUGAAAGAAAAAAGAAAAGUUAAAGCCUGAGUAAAGCAUUUUCACGGCCAGAUUAAAACCAGAAAAUCAAGAAACAAAAAAAAAAACAAAAAAUGAUUUUUAAAAAAUCAAAAAUAGUCACUACUGUCUCUUUCUUUAUUUCCCGGUGAUGC